GGCUCUAGUGAGCCGGGCGCUGGUCCGCUAGCACACAAGCUGGCCGCUCCGGCCAGGGGCGACUUCCCGUGACCCCAGGAUGCCAGAGGUCAAAAGCUCCUUCCAGGACCCCAUGCGAUGGACAAAGAAGCAGCAGCAGCCGGUGCGCCGCACUGUCAGCCAGAUCUGCCCGCCCGCGCGGCGACCCCUGACCGUGGCCGACAUCCGGCCGGGCAUGGAAAACGAGAGGCUGGGGGUCGUGCGGGAUUCCAUGUUUCAGAACCCGCUCAUCGUCAAGGCUGAACUCGGAAAGCCCCGGGAAAGAAGUUGCAGUCUGCCUGGACUUGAUUUUAAUUAUGGACUUUACAUCCGGGGCCUGGAUGGAGGUGUCCCUGAAGCCAUCGGCCACUGGAACGUGUUGAAGCAGCAGCCCACCUGCCCCCAUGAGCUGACCAAGAAUUACAUUGCCAUGAACCGCCGGGCAGUGAAAGCCGGCCUGGUAACUGCCCGGGACAACUUCCUCUACCGGCGGCUCAAUGACAUCCGCAUCCGUGACCAGGAUGACUGGCGCUUCAGGAAGGAGCCGCCCUCUCUCCCUCCGAACAUGACGUUCGGCAUCCGCGCCCGGCCUUCCACCCCUUUCUCUGAUCUGCUGCAGCACCGGUACCAGCAGCUAUGGGUGCAGGAACAAAAGGCCACCCAGAAAGCCAUUAAACUGGAGAAAAAGCACAAGGUGAUGCUCGGAAAGCUUUAUGAGACUCGGAGCAGUCAGCUGAGGAGGUACAAGCCCCCCGUGAAGCUGGAUGCCCUCUGGCACAUGCCUCAUUUCCAGAAGGUGGGCCCCCAUCUGGAUACCUUCCCCACUGAGGCUGACCGCCAGAGAGCAUUCAAAGCCCACCAGGAGGAGUCUGCUGUGCGCCAGGGGACCCUGCGGAUGGGCAACUACACCCACCCCUAAAGCCUUCUUGACACAGAAAAUUCCCGAAGGACUCACCUUUCUCACUCCAACUCACAUGACACUACCCCAUUUUUAUGCAGGUUCUUUUCAGUAGGGACCUCAGAGUCACGCCUUAGAUCAAUUAUUUUCGGUAAGAGUCCCUCUCUUUAGGUUAGCCAACACUAGCUUGCCUUAGUCCUGGCAGCCCUCUACCUAGGAACACCACCUUUUCUGGAGGCCACCUACCCUCUCUUCUCAAGCCCCCACCUGGUAAGAUAAACCCAAAUUACAGGGCAGAUAUUAGACUCCAGGCUGAGGGUCAUUUCCAAGGCUCUGCCCAUUAAGUUAAGAACAGCCCCGGUGUUUCCUGCAGAAAGCAUGACAGUAACAUGAAAGUCCUCACUUCCAUAUUCCAGACCUGAGUUCUAAUUGCUCUUUGCGGGAUUCCGGAGGUCUCACCGUGACAGUGUGAUCUCUUUGAAACCCCUGACAAGACGAGCCGAUGCUUAGGCCUGGGGGCCUGCUCGCACCCCCUCCAUGCUGGGGCCCUAUUGCUCAAGCAGGCCGAGGUGGGCUUCUCCACCGAGCCCAACUUUUGAAGAGCCUUCUGGGUCAGGGGGCGGGCUGGAAAUGCGUAGGCCAAGGGAUGCCUCAGCCAAACUCCAGGCACUUCUUACCUCAGUCUUUCUUCAUGUUCUUUGGCUUCUUCCCACAAAUUAUAUACUGAUUUAUUUUCAAUUAAAAAUGCUAUUUGUCA